AUGCCGGCAACGAUGGUGAAGAGUGAAGCGACUGACCAGCACAACAACUGUGAUAAUGAGGAGGAGGAACCGAUAGACAUGAAAAAUGCGCAUCUCAUUAUCAACGAGCUCCGCAGUCGGUGCCGAAAUCAGUCCGAGCAGAUCAUGGCGUGGAAGAAGGCAUUCUCCCUGCAGCAAGAGCAGAACCACCGGCUACAGAAGGAAAAAACGGAGCAGCUUAACUACCUGACCAGCCAGCUGCUGCUGCUGGAAUCGCGCAUCAUGCGCAAGCAGAAGCAGGUCUCGAACGUGAUCUACCAGCGCGAACUGACGAUCUACCGGCAGCAGCGCAUCAUCGAGACACUCUCAAGCCGGCUGAUCGAUCACGGCAUCAUGGACGUCGGUAUGGACGCACCAAUGCACACCGGCAGCACCAGCAACGAUUUCGACUCGCUCAACGAUUCCGAUUCCGCGGUCGUCCUCGAGGACGUCGAUUCCGACUGCAACAGCUCGAUCUACUUCGGUGGUAGCAUUAGUGGCGGUGGCAGCCUCAAAUCCCGUGGUGGUUCUGCCAAAAUGUCGAACGACGUGACGAUCGUGCGCUCGAUCUCGGACGCGAUCGAGACGAACCUGAAGUACAACAACACCCGCCGCUCGAAUUGCUUCCUACGCCGACCCGAGAUCCUUGAGACGGUGUACAGCGUGGAGGAGGAUCCGGAACCGCAGAAUGCCGGUCCAGUGCCAAGUGGCCAGCAACCAGGCAGUCAGGUUGGUUCAUCCGGACCAGCUUCCCCGAAACCGGAUGCGGUUACAGAAAAGCGUGACAAGUUUAAGAAUCGCACCGAAAAGUGCGUCUCCACGGAUCACCCAGAGACGGGACAAUCUGCGGUGCGAGUCGAAGGCACCACACCGGUCAUUAUCACGAGCAGCAGCAGUUGUGACGUGGAAGCGGACCUUUGCGGGACACCGGCACAAAGCUGCAAGGUGCAGGGUGCCGUCACCAACUUUAACCGCGUCAUGUCGAACCACCGGUCGGUCACGAAACCGAAGGACGUCAAGUACAAGCGCAUCAACAAGGCCAAAUCGAAGAGUCUGGAAGAGCUGCGUGGUCGACUGAAGCACUGGGUCGAACGAGGCACCUGCAACGUGAAUCUCAACCUCGAUCAGGCUGGCGGAACAGCUGGGGCGCAUCUAAGCGGGCACCUAUCCGAGCACUGUGGGGCAGGAACGUUGCAACAGGCUCAAGCCCAACAACAGGCCAACCUGGCGCAGAGUUACGCGUGA